GAAGUACUAAUUCUACGUGCCAUGAAGAAGUAGAAGAGCCCGUCGCAACCAAUUCAAAUAUUGGAAAGCUACCGUGCCUUUGUUUGUGAACCGCACUCUUGCUGCCACAUUACGCAAGAAGCCGUGUACAAGAAAACAACCAUUUCAUCGACUCAGCUGAUUAGGGCAGGCCCCGGAAAAGGUCCCUGGAGGAAGAAGCAGACAGCCCCCCGAGAAAGAGAGGCCGACCCCGGAGCUCUGGCUCUGCUGUCGCCAAGAAGAAGCUGGAAAUGGAGAAUGGUGCUACGCCGAAGAAAAGGGGCCGGCCGAGGGGCUCUCUAGGCAAGAAGAAAAGGCAUUGGAAGGCAACGAUUCCAGAACCUAAACCGCUCUACGACGGCCCACCACGCAAGAGGGGUCGACCCUCAAAAGUCAAACCAACUGACCUCCCCUCCAGUAGUGAAAAAGCAGAGCAGCCGCAGGAGGAGCAGCCGCAGGAGGAGCAGCCGCAGGAGGAGCAGCCGCAGGAGGAGCAGCCGCUGGAGGAGCAGCCGCUGGAGGAGCAGCCGCAGGAGAAGCAGCAACCGCAGGAGGAGCAGCAACCACCGCAGGAGCAGCCGCACACAGGCAGCAUCAGCAGCCAAUGGGAACACACAACCAGCCUCUCUGGAGGAGGGGCAUGACCGCAUCCUGGUUCCUGUGGAGGAUGAGGAUGAACUUCUGGGUGGAGAUGAGGGUGAUGCCGCAGCUGUUGAGGAGAAGGCAGUCGGCAAAGGCAGCUCCAGUGGGAAGAAAACCCCCGUUGCUAAGCGGGGUGGCUCGUCGAGGAGGUUGAGAGCAGUAUGAGCUGCCAGGGUUAAAAGAAAAAGAGGCCUAGAGGAGUUGACUUUGCCAACCUUUUAUUUUUUUAAUGAGUAUACAGGGUUUUUCCUACAUAGAGAAAAUUUGGGCGCGCCGACAAAUCCGCUAACACAAGGGGGCUAACCAAGGCAUGACACACGGACUGAAAACUACACUGCUAAUAUGACUUCCGGAUAAAAUGAGAGAAUGUGCAAGAAUUAAGUGUAACUAG